GAGGCUGAAGCAAGAGGAGGGAAGGGGAGACUAGAAAGGAAAGACAGAUUAGAGGGAAAGCGGCUUGUGAAGGAAAGCAACAGAAAAGAAACUGCUUAUCAUACUAACAGAGGCAAAUGACGGCGGAGAUGAGGACGGGGAAAGACAAGACCAUGAAAGCCAAAAAAUACAAAUAGAGAGAAAGAGGAAAAAAUGCCAAGAAGGACGUCCAUCCGACGAUACGAAGAGAAUGAAAGUUUUAUACUGCAGAGCCAUUCGCUGCUUUUCCGACACAACAUUCUCUCGCUGUUUUUAAGCCCUUUUGCAUUGGCCAGCCGUUGACAUUAAGAGGCAUGUUCAACGGUGCCAACAGCAGCUCCUCUUCCUUCUCCUAUUCCUCUUCAUCUUCCUCCUCCUCCUCUUUCUUUUCCUCCUCCCAUCAGCAAGAAGACAAACCGAGGACAGUCUUGAAAUAUCAAAAUUUCCUCCUUGGGAUUUGCCAGCGCUGCGUUGCGCCAAGAUCGUCGGAAUAAAGGACGCUGACUAUUGUAAUAUUAUUUUAUCAAUUGGUCAGUGGGAAGAUUACAGAUGAGGAAAGGGGACGCCUGUCACCCUUCCUGCGCUAAGAUUGAAAAAUGAGGCUGGAUUGGGGGAAACCCUAAAAUGAAGCAAAAGGAAUAAGAUUUUUAACAACAGAAAGCCACAGGAGCCCCCCCCCCCAAAGUAGCGCACUUUUUUAGGGGGGGUGUUUUGGCUUUUUAUUAAAAAUUUUUGGAGAGAUUUUUUUUUCCCCGUGGUGGUGGGGGAGGUGACUGGGUGGCUGACUGGCUGCGGGGAAACUGCUUUCUUUCCCUUUGGAGAUGAUUGUGCUAUUAUUCUUUGCCUUGCUCUGGAUGGUGGAGGGAGUCUUUUCCCAGCUUCACUAUACGGUCCAGGAGGAGCAGGAACAUGGCACUUUCGUGGGGAAUAUCGCUGAAGAUCUGGGUUUGGACAUUACAAAACUUUCCGCUCGCAGGUUUCAAACAGUGCCCAAAUCACGGACCCCUUACUUGGACCUCAACCUGGAGACCGGGGUGCUGUACGUGAAUGAGAAGAUCGACCGCGAGCAAAUCUGUAAGCAGAGCCCCUCUUGCGUCCUGCACCUAGAGGUCUUCCUGGAGAACCCCCUGGAGCUGUUCCGAGUGGAGAUCGAGGUCUUAGACAUCAACGACAACCCCCCCUCCUUCCCGGAGACGGACUUGACAGUGGAGAUCUCUGAGAGCGCCACGCCAGGCACCCGCUUCCCCUUGGAGAGCGCAUUCGACCCAGACGUGGGCACUAACUCGCUACGCGACUACGAGAUCACCCCGAACAGCUACUUCUCCCUGGACGUGCAGACCCAGGGGGAUGGCAACCGAUUUGCGGAGCUCGUGUUGGAGAAGCCCUUGGACCGUGAGCAGCAAGCGGUGCACCGCUACGUGCUGACCGCGGUGGACGGGGGAGGAGGAGGAGGAGGAGAAGGAGCUGGAGCCGGCGGUGGGGGAGGGGGCCUGCCCCCCCAGCAGCAGCGCACCGGCACGGCCCUCCUCACCAUCCGAGUGCUGGACUCCAACGACAAUGUGCCCGCCUUCGACCAGCCCGUCUACACUGUGUCCCUCCCCGAAAAUUCGCCCCCGGGAACGCUAGUGAUCCAACUCAACGCCACAGACCCAGACGAGGGCCAAAACGGCGAGGUCGUGUACUCCUUCAGCAGCCACAUCUCGCCCCGGGCGCGCGAGCUCUUCGGGCUGUCCCCGCGCACCGGCCGGCUGGAGGUGAGCGGCGAGCUGGACUAUGAGGAGAGCCCGGUGUACCAAGUGUACGUGCAAGCCAAGGACCUGGGCCCGAACGCUGUGCCCGCGCACUGCAAGGUGCUGGUGAGGGUCCUCGAUGCGAACGACAACGCGCCCGAGAUCAGCUUCAGCACCGUGAAGGAGGCGGUGAGCGAGGGCGCCGCGCCCGGCACGGUGGUGGCCCUGUUCAGCGUGACCGACCGCGACUCCGAGGAGAAUGGGCAGGUGCAGUGUGAGCUGCUGGGGGACGUGCCGUUCCGCCUCAAGUCUUCCUUCAAAAACUACUACACCAUCGUGACCGAGGCCCCCCUGGACCGAGAAGCGGGGGACUCCUACACCCUGACCGUAGUGGCCCGGGACCGCGGCGAGCCAGCGCUCUCCACCAGUAAGUCAAUUCAGGUGCAAGUGUCAGAUGUGAACGACAACGCGCCGCGCUUCAGCCAGCCGGUCUACGACGUGUAUGUGACCGAGAAUAACGUGCCGGGCGCCUACAUUUAUGCGGUGAGCGCCACCGACCGAGACGAGGGCGCCAACGCCCAGCUCGCCUACUCCAUCCUCGAGUGCCAGAUCCAGGGCAUGAGCGUCUUCACCUACGUGUCCAUCAACUCUGAGAACGGCUACUUGUACGCCCUGCGCUCCUUCGAUUAUGAGCAGCUCAAGGACUUCAGCUUUCAGGUGGAAGCCAGGGACGCCGGCAGCCCCCAGGCGCUGGCGGGCAAUGCCACGGUCAACAUCCUCAUCGUGGACCAGAACGACAAUGCUCCUACCAUAGUGGCGCCCCUGCCGGGGCGCAACGGGACUCCGGCGCGCGAGGUGCUGCCCCGCUCUGCAGAGCCGGGUUACCUUCUCACUCGCGUGGCCGCGGUGGACGCAGAUGACGGUGAGAACGCCCGGCUCACCUACAGCAUCGUGCGAGGCAACGAAAUGAACCUCUUCCGCAUGGACUGGCGCACCGGGGAGCUCCGCACCGCUCGCCGGGUGCCGGCCAAGCGCGACCCCCAGCGGCCUUUCGAGCUGGUUAUCGAGGUGCGCGACCACGGACAGCCGCCCCUGUCCUCCACAGCCUCUCUGGUAGUACAGCUAGUGGAUGGCGCGGUGGAACCCCAGGGAGGGGGCGGGGGCGGAGGUGGGGGGUCAGGGGAGCAUCAACGCCCCAGCCGCUCAGGUGGUGGGGAGACCUCACUGGACCUCACUCUCAUCCUCAUCAUCGCCCUGGGCUCCGUCUCCUUCAUCUUUCUGCUGGCCAUGAUAGUGCUGGCUGUGCGUUGCCAAAAAGAGAAGAAGCUCAACAUCUACACGUGUCUGGCCAGCGAUUGCUGCCUGUGCUGCUGCUGCUGUGGCGGUGCGGGCUCCACCUGCUGUGGCCGCCAAGCCCGGGCUCGCAAAAAGAAACUCAGCAAGUCUGACAUUAUGCUGGUCCAAAGCUCCAACGUACCCAGCAACCCAGCCCAGGUGCCUGUAGAGGAGUCCGGGGGCUUUGGCUCUCACCACCACAACCAGAAUUACUGCUACCAGGUCUGCUUGACCCCAGAGUCCGCCAAGACCGACCUGAUGUUCCUUAAGCCCUGCAGCCCCUCUCGGAGCACGGACACUGAGCACAACCCCUGCGGGGCUAUCGUCACUGGCUACAGCGACCAGCAGCCCGACAUCAUCUCCAAUGGAAGCAUUUUGUCCAACGAGACUAAACACCAGCGAGCAGAGCUCAGCUAUCUAGUUGACAGACCUCGGCGAGUUAACAGUUCUGCAUUCCAGGAAGCUGACAUAGUAAGCUCUAAAGACAGUGGUCAUGGAGACAGUGAGCAGGGUGAUAGUGAUCACGAUGCCACCAACCGAGGCCAGUCAGCUGGUAUGGAUCUCUUCUCCAACUGCACGGAGGAAUGUAAGGCCCUGGGCCACUCAGAUCGCUGCUGGAUGCCUUCUUUCGUCCCUUCGGACGGACGUCAGGCAGCUGAUUACCGCAGCAAUCUUCAUGUUCCGGGCAUGGACUCUGUUCCAGACACCGAGGUGUUUGAAACUCCAGAAGCCCAGCCUGGAGCAGAGCGGUCCUUCUCCACCUUUGGCAAAGAGAAGGCCCUUCACAGCACUCUGGAGAGGAAGGAUCUGGAUGGACUCCUGUCUAAUACACGAGCGCCUUACAAACCACCAUAUUUGACACGGAAAAGGAUAUGCUAGUCAAUUCUACAGGACUUACCUGAAGCAGCAUGAUUUGCACAAAGUCGACCAACAAAAGCAUCAACUUUUCAACGUCAUUAUCUCGGCCAUCCAGUUAGUUUCUGUGCACCGGAGGAGUAGAUUGCCGGCGGAGUCAUCGUGGCCAGUUAUAGGACCUGAUUGCUCUCAGCAGGCCUGAGAAAUGAGUUGAAAUGUGCGGAACUGUAGAAACUUUAGAGGCAACUGAUUUUUGUCUCUCCGAUCAGUGUGUGCCUGUUUACAGCACUAUAUAUCUUUCUCUCUCCAAAUGUCACUGAGCCCUUUAGUUGUUUAUAUUCACCACGAGAAGCCAGUCAUAAAGAUAAAGGAAAUUUGUGCAUUAUAAAUGCAAUAUCACUGUUUUAAACUUGACUGUUUUAUAUUAUUUUUGUGUGAUCAAGUGUUGCCCAAACUAUUCCAACUUUACAAGAGCGAUUGUGAUUAUGUUCUUUUCACCUGUGGGUUAUUAACAAAUGUAUUCUCAAGACCCACAAAAUAUCAAAGACAUUCUGUAGUUUAUACACCGUGUUGCAAAGUGUUUCCUGUACUAUUUCAAAGCUUCUAAAUAAAUAUAAAAUAUAUAUAUUAUAUUAUAUAAUUUUCCUAAAAUGUGGUACAACUUAGUUGGUUUUUAAAUGGCUUCAUACAGUCCACAUCAUAUAAUAAAGUAAAAGGCAAUUCAGGGUCCCAAAGAUAAACUUACUGAGAAAGAAAAAUCAUCAUCAAUAGUUUCCUUCCAGUUUCAUAUCCUAGUCAACCCUGUUUUUCCUUGUUUAAAAGAAAAUGAUGCUCUAAGCUACAAAAUUUUGUCAAGACCUAGUACUGAAUUUUCAAUGCCAAAGAUGUAGCUGUCGAUGUUAUCAGACUGAGCACUGAACAUGUACUAUCAAACUAUCUUACAAUCUACAUUAUUUCGAUUCUAUUUCUAUGGCUUUGAAUUUAGAAUCACUUAAAACUUUUAUAAGGAAUCUAUAAAUUCACCUGUAUAUGUUGUUAGAUAAAAAAGAAAACACACAAAAAAAGAACACUGGGUGUCUGUACAUUUUGUGGUGUAAAGUAUGUAAUUGAAGAUUACUAUUUUAAAAAAGUCCUCAAUCAUAUAACUCAUACAGAAUUUUAUUUUACAUAGUUUUGUGUAGUUUUGUGACUUAAUUACACAUGAAUAUUAAAUGUAUUUAUAGCUCUAUAUGACUAUAUAGAGAUAUAUAAAUAUUUGAAGGGAUUAAGAAAAGCUAUAAGAUAUAGAGGAUUCAUACAUAUAAGAUAAAUUCAAUACAUUUGGAGGUAGAAACAUAGUACAUUACUCCUUCGAUAUUAUGUAUGAACAUUAAUAACAUAAAUGGAGUCUGUAUUCUAUUAAUGAAAAUAUUCUUCAUGAGUCUCAGCCUUGCAAAGUAAAACUUGUCUUUUAUUUUUCUGUCGACAGGUUAAUUAUUAAAUUCAGUGAGAUGUAUUUUUCUUUUUUUCCCCCUUUAUUUAAUUGUUUAUUGGGUGUUGAAACAUAAUUUAGAGAAGAAAAGAUCCGAGAACAUAAGACAAUCUUCUUAGCAAAGAACAAAGUCAACACAGCUCCCCAUUAAAAAAAAAAAGUCAACAUUACUUUUAAAGUGUUCACCUAACUUAAAGACCUAUUUUCAAAUAUUUGUCCAAAUUUUAAUUGAUCUUAUUAUGCCCAAUAAGGUGAGCUGCAAUAUGUUACUGAAAAUAGACCAAAAUAUAAUACUUCCAGGUUUAAUCUAUCUAAUAUAUGUAAUUUAAUUGACAUUUUACUUUAGUUUAACAUUCAAAUGCAUAGAUGUGUUCAUAGGGCCCUAAUGUUACAUACGAGUGAUAUCUUUGUAUCACUAAAUUUGAUGUUAUCAAAUUAUAUAUUAAUAAGUCAUACUCCAAUCAACUUAUAUUUAAAAAUAAUGUUUGUAACAUUCCAGUCUUUGGGGGAUUCUUAUGAAAUACGUAAAAUUAAUUGAUCAUAUGUAAUACAAAAAGCACAUACAUUCCCUAAGUGCAUUUUAUCAAAGUUUUGGCAUAUUUGCAUUAGUAUUUUGAAUGAUAGACUAUUUUAUUAAGAUAACGUUUCUAUAUAAUUUAAUUGCAAAAUAGUCUCUUAUAAUUGCUUUUUAAACAAGAGAGUGAUUUUCUUGUUGAAUCAGUUUGCUUUAAUUAAACCUUUCAUGCAUUCUGUUACAAUCAUGGAGAAAAAUACACAUCCAUCUUCCUUAUUACAAACCAUUGAAAAUAAGUUUCUUCCUACUUUACAUAUAAUGUAAUGGCUAUAUUAAUUAAUUUGAUUCAAAUAUGUUUUCUUUAAUUAUGUAGCCCUUCAUGUAUAUUGUACAUAAUGUCCCAGAAGACUAAUUAUAUAUUUGUGUAAUAGUUACUUUUUAAUAUGCCACAGCAGCUAGUCAUACUAACUUGAAUUAUAGGACUCAAAUUAUAUCAUCAUUCUACCAACACCAACCCACUUUUAACAAAUUUAUGAGAUAAAUAACAUUAUGUAAAUAAAAUAAGUCAUUAAGUCAUUUAUCAACUAUCCAUUGAAUCAAAAGAAAUCAGAAAUUACAACAAAAUAAGGAUUAUUUGAAUAAAUUGGCAAAAAGUUCAUUUAUAAAUGGAUGGGAUUGUAAAGCAGAUAAAUGAAAACAAUGUAGUCUCAAUUUCCAAAUAGACAUUUACUCCUUCAGUGUGCCAAAAUUUUUCGAAUAGGAUUUCUAUUUAAUCUGGUCAUACUAAUAUCCAACCACCCAUAGAUUUUAUAGGAGAUUAUAAUCUCCUAUAGCAAAGAGAAGCAAUGUCCAGCUUGUUAGUCUUUCAUUAUUUCACAAAAGAAUAUUCAUGAUAGCUACACCUUUCAAACAUGGUCAGUCUUAAAGCAGUGAGAAGCCAACCAAUUUUCCUGUGGAAACAAGUCAUAGUGUUUCAAAGGUAUGUCAAAUGACAAUUUUUAGAAAUAUUACAUUCAUAUGUAACUUUCUAAUAUUUAACUUGUCAACAUAGUUUUGUGAAAUAAUUUACAACCCAGCAUUUAAACAUCACAUCAGAAUUACUUUACAGGUAUAAUGGUAACAACAUAGAUGUUUCAUCUUUCUUGGGAAAAAUUAGAGAAAAUGUUUAUUUCAUUUCAUGAAUAUACUAAAUGCCUUUAUCAAGCAUUGCAAAUUAAGUGUUAUAGUAAAAGAUCUUAAAUCUUUAAGUAUCCAUUUUCCAUUUUUAUUUCUGAAUAAUUUUAUGAUUGGCAGCCAGGUGUCACAUAAUGCUCCUGUAAAUGCUCCUGCUCCUCUUGUAAGGAGGACAAAAUUAUUUGAAGUUUUCUACAUGACCUUUAUUAUUGUUCAUUAGUUGUACCAUUUUAUCUUCCAAAAAUAUUAACUCAAGUUAAAUUGAUCUUUAAUAUCAUGAUUCAGUCAGAGUGUGGCAAACGUUAUCAAAGACAAAGAAAAUUAUUCAUGAUAUUGACUGAUAAUAAUCAGUGUUCCAUCUCAUUGCUUUUCUUUUUCUUUUCGGUCUGUCACCUUCUUCUGCCAUGUUUCUACGUGUGCUUUUAAUACCCGAGGAACUAAAAAAUACUGAAACCAUUGAUAUACUUGACAAUUUUUUCUGAAAAUCUUAUAUUUUUCAUAUUGUACUUUCUUGGAUUGUUUAACCUUUUCAAUUCUAAUUUUGUAGUGGUAAAGGCUUUGCACUUAACAUCCUUUUUAUUUUCCUUUUUAACAAGGAAAAACAGAAAAUUUCAAAAUUCCAUAUUUUUUAUGCCAUGGAGUAGUAAAAUUAUUUUAUAUAUUGUUAGUACUUCAAGAAAUAACCCUCCGCUAAGGCAAACAAAACCCUUAUCUAGAAAUUUGUGAAACUGUUCAGUAGAGUAUUUUUUUCCUUCUAAAACUUGGCAUAGGUUUUAGAUCAUAGCAUUCUAUGAGAAUGCAAGUAGAUGGGUGCCGCCAAGAGUAUUGCAGGCAAUAAUAUGUCAAAAAUUCUAAUACUUUUAGUGUGCAUGCUUGUAUUUCUAAUCACUGUUAUUUUUUAAGUAUUUGUAAAAUUAGAAAUAUAACUUUUAUUUCUUGAAAAUGUGUCACAUACUUAGUUUGAAGUUUUACACUCCAGAUGUUUUUGAGGUGUGGGAAAAUAAUUGCAUAAAUAAUGCAAAAUAUAUUAAAUUUUCACAUCAGGCUCAAAAACUUCUGAAUGAUAGAAGUCAGAUUUCCAGUGCAUUCAUACAACUCAGAGCUGACAGUGAACAGGGAAUUUCAGCUCUAAACACAUAUUUUGAGACAGUUAUCUGUGAGUGAAAACAGGGUAUUAUAACAAAAGAUGAGUUUCAAUCUUAACUAUAGUGUUUGUUACUGUGAAUGCUAUAAUAAUACAUAAGUAAAAUGAGUGUAAAUGUAAUAUAUUAUUUUAUACUGCUGUAUACAUAUGAAAUAAAUAAAACUAGGAUACAUAUUAUGCCAUUUUUCCAUGCAUGGAUCUUCCACUGACGCCUGUGGGAGUUUUGAAUAAAAAUCACUGGCAAAAUAUGGCCCUACGUUGAGAAGAAAACAAUGUGGAUUUAGUAACUUUAGUCUUAGUAUUCCAGGUUUAAGGGGACAUCUGUUCAUCACUGAGUUUUAUUUGAAGGAACAUAUACCUAAUUUUCAAGGAUAUCACUGUAUUUAUGGUUUAUAAGGGAGAUGAUUCCCUUUGAUUCUUAAGAUACCCACAUGAGUCUUUAAAUCAUAAUUUUCUAUCCGAUAUGUUUUAUUUAUUUUCUGAUUUUUAGUAAUUCUGAGCAUUCACAAUGAUGGAUAUUAAAGCUGGACUUAUCAUAUAAAUAUUACAUAAAUGGUUCCAAACAAUUAAAAAAACAUCAAUGUAUUUUAAAUUCUACAAAACAUAUUUAAAAUUUUUGAAAAUGCAGGUUAAACACAUUCCAUAUGGGUAUCAUUUUCCUAAAUGCAACUAAUUCAAUCAGAAGCACACCUGUCAGGAAAGUAAAGAUUUAAUUCUUGGAUACAUUAAUGAUUGAAAAAAAGACCAACUACUACCACAAAAACAAAAUAUAAAUACCAGAAACAAACAUGGAGGCAAGAAUAAGAAUAUUCUAAUUAUUUUAGAAUGGAGAGUAAGGCUGUUGAUUUCAGCAUACCCUUGUAAACAUUAUCAUUACUUAAAACUUCUCUGACUGAAGCCUGUAGAAAUUUCAGAUCGAAAAUAGCUCAAAGGAGAUAGAAGAGAUGUGUGCUUCUUUAACUCUUGAGUUGUUAUGUAACUGCUUUUCAUGAGUUUAAAUUACACAUUUCUGGGGAAAGCACCAUUUUUACAAGAUAAAACAGUUAUGGAUAUUUAAUAAAGUCAAUUUUAUGGUGAAAAAUAAUUGGAUAAAACAGACAAGAAUAGUGCAUUUUUGGUGAAAUAUUGCCAGUGUUCUCGAUUUUCCUAUGCUCUACCAGUUACCUCUUAUUUUCAACCUUUUGGGGAAUUACCAUCGACUCUCUAGGUAAGAUAAUAAAUUUUCAGAGGUAAAAUUAAAUUUAUUGCAUUCAAAACACUCCUUCAGUUCCUGAGAUAGGGGGAUGUAAAAUGUGUGGCUUCAAGAAAACUACCUUUGAGCAAAUUUUAAUCUGACAGGGAAGUAAAAUAAUUCAUAAAAAUAUAUUGAAGAAAAGUUACCAAAAACAUCAUCAAAAUAUGUGCUACAAAUCUAUUAGUGAGAAAUCAGUCAAAUGAAUAAUCUAGGAAUAUAAUUUAAAAGCAAAAACAUGAAUAAGAUGUUAAAAAAUAGUAGGAAGAUAUUAAAACAUAUUAUUUCAGGGUAAGUAAAUAGUGCUUUGUGACAGUUAUUUUUUUAGAUGUAUGUGUAAAAUAGGUUGUACUGUAAAAUAUAUUUCUUACUGUGAAUAAUUUCUCCAAAUGUUUCACAUGUGUUUCAAAUUUAAACUUCAAAGUAUUUAAAUCUACAAAAAGAUGGGAAUUAUCUUUUCAAAAUUUCUUCAUUACCAAAUCUUAAUCUUUACCAUUUAUAAAAUAUGUAAAAAUAUA